UAGUAUUAUCAGAGAUUAGGCUAGACAGGUUCUGUUAUUACUCCAUCUGGAGCUAAUGCAGCGAAACCAGACGUUUAUUUAGAUGUAUAAAACGUCAACUGUCACCGUAUUGCCAUCUGACAAAAAUACACAAUCGUCCAAAAUAUUUUGGGUGGUAAUUGGCACUAUUGAUGUUUAGUCCGACGCUUGCUGAACGAUGAGGUCACAUGCUAAACAUUCCGGAAGAAGCUCGUUGUGCAGGAGCCGGGGAUGUGUGAUUUCCGCCUCGCAGAAGAAGAAAGUUGUGCAGGGCAAGACUGCAGGUUCCCGGAGAAUCAGACAAGAAAUGGACAGCCAGGGAAGGAAAGUGGUUGUUUGCGACAAUGGUACCGGGUUUGUGAAAUGUGGCUAUGCAGGCUCCAACUUCCCUGAACACAUCUUCCCUGCGCUGGUGGGCCGGCCCAUCAUCCGGUCCACUGCCAAAGUGGGCAACAUCGAGAUCAAGGACCUGAUGGUGGGGGACGAGGCGUCGGAGCUGCGCUCCAUGCUGGAGGUGAACUACCCCAUGGAGAACGGCAUCGUGCGCAACUGGGACGACAUGCGCCACCUGUGGGACUACACCUUUGGGCCGCAGAAGCUCAACGUCGAGCCUCGCGGCUGCAAGAUCCUGCUCACCGAGCCGCCCAUGAACCCCACCAAGAACCGCGAGAAGAUCAUCGAGGUGAUGUUUGAGACUUAUCAGUUCGGUGGUGUUUACAUUGCCAUCCAGGCCGUUCUCACACUCUACGCUCAAGGUCUGCUGACGGGCGUGGUCGUGGACUCUGGUGAUGGCGUCACACACAUCUGUCCUGUGUACGAGGGCUUCUCUCUUCCUCACCUCACACGCAGACUGGACAUCGCCGGACGGGACAUCACACGCUACCUCAUCAAGCUGCUCCUGCUGAGGGGCUACGCCUUCAACCACUCGGCCGACUUUGAGACGGUGCGCAUGAUGAAGGAGAAGCUCUGCUACGUGGGCUACAACAUCGAGCAGGAGCAGAAGCUGGCGCUCGAGACCACUGUCCUGGUCGAGUCCUACAUGCUCCCAGACGGUCGUGUGAUAAAAGUGGGUGGGGAGCGUUUCGAGGCCCCCGAGGCUCUAUUCCAGCCCCACCUCAUCAACGUGGAAGGAGUGGGAGUCGCUGAGCUGCUCUUCAAUACCAUCCAGGCCGCCGACAUUGACACCAGGGCUGAGUUCUACAAACACAUCGUUCUGUCGGGCGGUUCCACCAUGUACCCCGGCCUGCCCUCUCGCCUGGAGAGAGAACUUAAACAGCUCUACCUAGAGAGGAUACUGAAGGGUGACGUGGAGAAGCUGUCUAAAUUUAAGAUCCGUAUUGAGGACCCUCCGCGACGGAAGCACAUGGUGUUCCUGGGCGGGGCCGUGCUUGCUGACAUCAUGAAGGACAAGGACAACUUCUGGCUCACGCGCGAGGAGUACGAGGAGAAAGGCGUGCGCGUGCUUGAGAAGCUCGGGGUCACCGUCAGAUAAACACACACACACACACACACACACUAUCUAUAUCUCUGUCUCUCUCUCUAACUCUAUCUCUCUCUCUCA